AUGGCCGGCGCUCGCAUCACGAACCUGCUCGACCUGCCCGUCGAUGUUCUCGCGCUCAUCUUGACGCCGCUGGUCAAGUUCGACUCGGCCAUUGAGCUCUGUCCCUGCCCAGAUCACGGCGAGCUUGGUGACCAGCUAGAGGUGGCGAGGUCGCUUCUCCUCGUGCAUCCGCACCUGCACGCCAUUGCUUGUCCGAUGCUGUACAACCUCAACACGUUUAAGCUAUCCAUUGUGCCCGGCAAGCACGGCGCGCUCCAGGCCAAGAUGCUGCAGACGUACUCUCACAGCGAUGCACCGGGGCGCGGGGCGCGCACGCAGCCUGGGUUGUUUGAGGAUUAUUCGAUUGAUGUGCCGGGCUCUCUGGCUGCAGAGGAGAGGCGAGGGAUGGGCAAGCUGCAACUUUUUGUGACGUCCUCGGCGCGGCGGAGAAUACGCAACUUUGUACUCGAGGUGGGACGUCACCGCGGCUGGAUCGACCAGGUUGUCACCCCGGUGCUUUCUGACAUGAUCCUCACCGGACAUCUUGCCUCCUUGAGCAUCACACUGUUGUAUCGGUUGCCUGAUUUCAACCUCAAGAGCGGCAACACUGCAGUGAGGAAUUUCCAUGCCUCGACGUCGUUCUCAUCCAGAGAUGCAGUCAUGUUUACAAAGCCACCGCUGAGGGGCUUCCUUCAGGUGUUGGCAGAUCCCGAUCUCGAGUCAUCGCGACUCUUCUUGACAAGAGGACACCCGCCCGCUUGGUGCAAGUACCAUGAUAAGGGCUUGUAUAUGGUCACGCGGGGGACAGAAUGCCCUGCUGUUGCCCGAGUUGACUGGCAAGCCAUUGUUCGAGAGGUUCUGGAUCCCGAAGGAGUCAACACGGCGACUCAUAGGUCGGAAGCCGAGCCUCGUCCUAGCCGGGCCUGA